GGAAGUUCAAAACUUUACGAGAAUAGUUUAUUGGUGCAGCUAUCGUAGCGAACAGCCGGAUCAGGGCAGGUAGGUCCACUCCUACGAUAGCUGCAUUAAUAAAAGUCAUUUCAUGGACUCAAUUACCGGGAAAGUCCAAGGAGCGGCGGCGCGCAAGCGUCGGCGGCGGCUUUUUCCAGCAAUGGUCGAGAGCUUUCCGUUCGAGAUUGCGCCCGACUGCCUGUUCUUGCGGGGCUUCGAAGAAGGCGGGCACUCUCCUAACGGGUUUUCUUCUAAACACAUUCACCACCACUCCAUCUCUGGUUUGUUUCGCACUAAUUAUUAUUCAUUCAUCAGAUGUCGACACGGCUAACGCUAACUCUAUUAAUUCUCGUUCGAAUAGGAAAUGCGUGUAUGCCCGGAUAUGAGGCAGAAAGAGAUAAACUGAGAGAACAUCUCGGUAUCGAGUGGGUACCAGGAGGCUUGAAGCACAACGCAUGGUCUGAAGACAAAACUAUAAGGCAUUCAUCGGAUCUAGACUGUAAUUUUGCCGAUCCACAAAAGUGCAGGUGGAAGAACGUGGAGGACAAAUGGGGACUGGACUCGCUGGAUUUUCAUCUUUUCGAGAAAGUCGAUUUCACCGAGUUUCCUGCACUGAGAGUUGGACCCGGCCCUACAAGGGUUCAUCAAGGUGAGAAAAUGAUUUUCACUGGUGACAAAAAGAGAGAAGAACAGCACGCCAUCUUUAUUUCUUCACUUAUUGGAUGUCAGAAUGCGACUGGAAAUCUUACUUUCACAUAUUGGGCUUAUAACAGUGCGCAAGUUGAAAUUGUACUCUUCGAAGAUAAACCCGGUGGAGGAUUUAAGAUGUUGCCAGAGAAACCAUACGUGGAUUGCGGUACUGUGAAAGUGAAUACAGAAUGUCGUGCCGACAUUCCGCCUCGAGAGACACCGUUCAGGAUCGGUAUUCGUGCCUAUGACAUGGCUACUCCAGAAGGUUCUUUUGUGAUGUUAGAUAACAUCCUAUACACGGCAUCUCUCUGCAAGGUCGCGAUCGAUAUGGGUGAUGGAUUCAUGGCGGUCCCGUUGCGGUCGUCAGCCACAGGAAAGCCGAUAAGAUCAGCCGCUGAUCUUGACUGCAAGGACUUUGAUGCUUGUCGAUGGAGAACUGGCGGCGAGGCUGCGAAGCCAUGGCAAAUGUCAUCGAGUCCACUUCCUCGCGAGCUUAUCUUUAGCACGACUGGUAAUUAUGUCGGACCUGAGGGAACCUACAGCGUACUUUACAUAGAACAGGAUACAAAAGGACCCCUCGACUUCUUGCGUUCGGAUCCAAUCAGCUGUCAAAGCCAAACUGAAAACACGCUUUCACUGAGGUUUUGGAAAACGAGGGAAGUCGAACUUGAGGCUUGCGCACUGUCUCUGAUGGGAGAGGAAAUCGAAUGUCACGGACUCCCAUCGGAAAUGAGUCCAGCUCCGGUCUCAGUAUCGUUCUCGAGCGCUGCUAAGAAUUUUGUGAUAGUCAUUCGAGUCAAGUCUUUCAAUCGUGACUUCGACUCAGUUGUCAUCAUUGACGACAUCUCCUACCGAGCCACGUUAUGUAGCGAUGCAUUGAGCGUUUUCGACUUGGGAGAGCACUUCCUCAGCACUCCGAUGCUCAGCUUGUUGCUCAAUAGAAACGUCAACUCACCAAAAGAACUCUCUUGCGAUUUUUCUCGAAGAGCUGCAGACUGCGUUUGGGGUUCUACGGAGUCUACAGCUGAUAACGAAGAUACAGAGAUUGCCGAAAACCAAUGGACAGUGGGACAUGGCCCACUAAACCAAGAAAAAUUCUACUCGCUUACGGGUCUAAAUAAUAUGCCGGAUGGAGAAUUCGCGGUAGCACGAAUGGAAACGGGAGGAUCGACGAUGCUAUUGUCCGAAGUGAUUCGCUGUGUCCUCAACGAGGUCAGCAUCCAGUUCAAUCUGUGGCUCACUGGAACUGCCAAGUUACAGGUGUGUCUUGUAGAUGAAUCGACGCCUUCGUUACUCGAUUGCCAAGCAGCUGCUGCUGGUCCUGUAGUUGUGGACCUGCCCAGGAUUGAGAGGCCGUUCCGGAUCGCGCUCAGAGCGGAAUCGCCAGAUCAAGGAAUGGUGAUCGUUGAUGACAUUAAAGUCCAGGGAGAACUAUGUCCCUCGGUGCUUCGCCAGUACUCAGCAAAAUCGUACCACCCACAAGCUGACCAGCCAGAUCCAAAUGCAUGCCGUCUCCUUUCCUGUGACUUUAGUCGGGGUCACGCCUGUUUGUAUGAUUCCAGCAGAUUACAACACAGCGCUCAACAUGAGGUCAUCAACCGCUCCGUCGUGUCGCGAUUGGAUCCCUUCCAUAGCAUAUCCAUACUUGAGUCACCGAUCUUCCAUUUGAAUACUAUCUCACGCCUACACUUCAACUACGCUAUUGAAGGUGAUGCGGUUCUAUUUGUUUGUAAUGACAGCGCCAACAAAGAACUGGAAAGUUGCUUCAAAGUAGAAGGACGGGAAGGAGAAGACUACAUUGAGAUGCUACCAAGUGACACGAAGGUCUAUUUGAUAGCAAAACUGGCAGAAGAGGGUUCCUCUUCCAAUCGACGAUACGGCAAAUUGACAAUAAACAGUCUUCAACUUACGGAUACGUCAGAUAUCAGCGCUUGCUAAUCAAAAUCUGUAAAGUAUCCAAUUCAGAACAUAGGGAUAUCUCAUAUCUUCCAUACGAUUGUGAUACUCAGAGACCCAUUGCUCUUUCAUUCAUAUUUCUCUGCGAUGAUGCACAUCUUUCCUACAUUGUCAUGCUCACUUUUUCUUUACUUUCGAUUUGGCUCAAGUUGAAAUAAUUUACUCGUACCUUCUGCAAGUGCAAAGAAUACGAUUACAG